GUGCAUCUUGUUAUAUAUGCAACAAUGCAUCACGGUCGCUCAUUCCAUUCUUCUUUCUCCCCAUCAUGACCUCCUACCUUCAAAAGGCAGGUACGAGGCUAUUUGAAAAGAACCUCGAGCAAUACCGACCCGAAGACCCGUUGUACGAGUUUUAUACUGACAAGCACGGCAAACAACGCCGCAGAAAGCGUGCGAUACCUCCCGGCCUUUCAGCACGUGAUGCAAAGAUUCUCAAGUCGGUGCAGCGCCGUGCCCAUUACCUAGACAAAGGCUUCUCCAUUUGUGGCCUGCGAUUUGGCUGGACCUUCAUUAUCGGUAUUAUCCCUGGCGCUGGCGAUGUUGCCGAUGUCACACUUAAUUAUUUCCUGGUCGUCCGCAAAGCAAGGCAAGCUGAACUACCAGGCUGGCUCGUGCGCCGCAUGCUCCUCAACAAUGCAAUAUCGGCUUUGAGCGGCCUAGUGCCCGUAGCGGGCGAUGUUGUCAUGGCCGUGUUCAAGGCGAAUUCAAGGAACGCCGCGCUUCUGGAGGAGUUUUUAAGGAUAAGAGGGGAUGAAUUCUUGAAGAUGCAGGCAGAUGAAGCGCAGGGAACGGGUCAGAGUGUGCCUAAGAAAGAUUCGCAACAGGUUAAGCCUGGCGCGGGCAUGUCAGACGAUACGGCGGCGACUGCACCACAGGAGAAGACCAAAUUUUUGUCUUGGAGCCAUCCGAGCCGCAAAGGAAAGGAGCGCGCCCCCACCCCGGGUGAAAGAGGAAGGUUUGUUGAGCAUGAUGUGGAAUUAGGUGCUGCUCCACUCGUGGAGAAGCGCAGCAGAAAAGAUGACGUUUGAUUGGAGGUUAAAACAGAUCUAGCAUUAAAUGUGGUAUACACGAACUUUUUUUUCUGGACCCAUCUUCUAUUCAGUGUUUUCUAUACCAUACUACCCCUGUACUUUGGCCAUAUGUAGUUUAUAUCGUCUGUUGUCUUACGUUUAAGUGGAUCAAUCAUAUCACAGGAGCCUAAGAUAGGUGUGGAGUCUGGACUAGCUGUAUGUGCGUACGGGUCAUUCAUAAUCAAGACGCGUUACCCGUCA